AAAAUAAAACAAAAAGAAAAAAAAAUGACCACCCACAAAACAAGAAGAAGAGCGAGAGAAAGUUCGUUUGGAGACGUUACCGGACUCCAAACUCCACACUACGGCGGAAUUUGGGAACUCGGUUCACGUCCGGUCCAGGGUUUCGUUCUUCUCCGUCGCCGGCGACAGAGCUGUAAGCAUACAUCACUCACCGGGCUGAAUUGGUUCUACUUGCCAGUGGAAAGCUGAAGAGGAGCGCCCUCAGGAUAGGGUUGUGACUUCCAAUUUCCGCCGGCUGUGCAACGAAAUUCAGUUGACUUCAGUUCUCUUUACACGGCCGAAAACUGUGGAUGUGAGAUUUCGUCAUGUCCUCGUCUACACCGCAGAGGAAGGCCUGGUCCGUUUGGUCGCUCACUCCGCGGAGGGAGGCGCAGAAAUCUGCCGGCGGGAUUUUGCAUCAGGCUCCCGAUUCCAAUGGCACGCCUGCUUCGAAUCCAGGAGACGGGAGCCGUUUGAAAGGGAAGGGCCUGCUUUUUGACGAAGCUGCUUCUCCCAAUGGCUUGGGCCGUGCUUUGGAUACUCACGAUUUGGCUGCCAAGAUUUCCAGGCUCGAGAAUGAGUUAUUUGAAUAUAGUAUGGAGCUUCUUUUAGUUGAAAAGAAGGAUUGGAAUGCUAAAGCGGACCAACUCAAGCAAGCAUUGGCUGAUGUGAAGGAUGCACUGAAACGGGAGCAAGCAACACACUUGGUUUCAGUGUCUGAUGCUGAGAAGCGAGAAGAGAAUUUGAGGAAGGCAUUGGGGGUUGAAAAACAGUGUGUACUUGACCUGGAGAAGUCUGUGCAGGAGAUGCGAUAUGAAAAUGCUGAAAUUAAGUUCACUGCUGAUUCAAAGCUGGCUGAAGCCAAUGCAUUGAUGAGCAGUGUUGAAGAAAGAUCUCUUGAGGUUGAGGCAAAGCUGCGGUCAGUUGACGCUAGGCUGGCAGAAGUGAACAGAAAAAGUUCAGAGCUGGAGAGGAAAUCACAAGAGGUUGAGACCCGAGAAAGUGCAGUACGAAGGGAUCGUUUAUCCUUGAUUGCAGAGAAAGAAUCACAUGAAGAAGCUCUAUCUAAGCAAAGAGAGGACUUGCGAGAAUGGGAGAGAAAAUUACAAGAGGAGGAAGAGAGGCUAUCAAAGGGUCUGAGAAUCGUCAAUCAAAGAGAAGAAAGGGCAAAUGAGAAUGAUAGAGUCUCCAAGCAAAAGGAGAAGGACUUUGAGGAGGCACAAAAGAAGUUAGAUGAAGCAAAUUCAGAUUUGAAAAGGAAAGAAGAUGACAUAACUAGUCGCCUUGCUAAUCUGAAUUUUAGGGAAAAGGAGUUUGAUGCUACUAAAAAUAGGUUGCAAUUGAAAGAGGAGGAGUUACGUGCCCUGGAAGAGAAGUUGAACGAGAGAGAGAAUCUGGAGAUUCAGAAGCUGCAUGAGGAACAUCAAGCUAUUCUGGAUGCCAAAAGUUCCGAAUUCGAGCUGGAAGCUGAGCAAAGGAGGAAGUCCUUGGAUGAGGAGUUGAAGAGCAAGGUAGUUGAGUUGGAGAGAAAGGAAGCUGAAGUCCAGCAUUGGGAGGCUAAAGUUGCCAAAAGGGAGCAGGCUUUGGAAAAGAGACUAGAGAAGAUAAAAGAGAAAGAAAAGGAUUUUGAAUCCAAAUCAAAAUCUCUCAAGGAAAGGGAGAAGACCAUCAAAUCUGAGGAGAAGAACUUGAUGAUAGAGAAAAAACAACUGCAUUCUGAUGAGGAAGAACUUAAAAACCUGAAAGCUGAGCUUGAGAAUUUAACGGCUGCUAAUGAGCAGCAGCUCCUGAAGAUUCAUGAAGAGAAAGAGCAACUCCAGAUAAGUCAAGAUGAGAGGUUUGAGUUUGUUCGUCUGCAAUCUGAACUUAAAGAGGAAACAGAAAAGUGCAGAUUUAGGGAAGAGGUGCUUUUGAAGGAGGCUGAAGAUUUAAAGCAGCUGAAGGAGAACUUUGAGCGGGAGUGGCUGGAAUUGGAUGGUAAGAAGGCUGAGAUUGAAAGAGAGCUUAAAAGCAUUGGCGAGCAAAAAGAAAAGUUUGAGAAGCAAAGGCAAUUGGAGGAGGAAAAGAUUAAGCACGAGAGACAGGCUACAGAAGAUUACAUCAAAAGGGAGUUUGAAACUCUUGAAUUAGCGAAAGAGUCAUUUAAGGCCAAGAUGGAGCAGGAACAGUCAAUUAUGUCAGAGAAAGCGCAGAGCGACAGAAACAUAAUGCUGAAUGAGAUUGAGCUAUUGAAGAGUGAAACUGAGAACAGCUUGCAGAAGAAGCAGGAAGAAACGAACAGACAUCUGCAGCAGAAGGAGAGAUUGUUUGAGGAGGAGAAACAGAGAGAAAUGGAAAAUCUCAAUUACUUGAAAGAUGUGGUUAGAAGAGAGAUGGAUGAACUGAAGAUGGAGAGAUCAAGAAUAGAAAAGGACAGGCUAGAGCUUGCUGAAAACAAGAAGCAUCUUGAGGAGCAACAACAUGAAAUACGAGAAGAUAUAGAUAGACUUGGGGAUAUUAGCAGGAAGCUCAAGGAACACAGGGAAGUAUUUGUUAAAGAGAAAGAGCGCUUCAUCGCCUUUGUCGAGCAGCACAAGGACUGUAAAAACUGUGGUGAAGUGACAUCCCAGUUUGUUCUUUCCGACUUAAUCGCUUCCCAAGAAAUUGAGAAUGCCAAUAUCUUGUCUGCUUCAAGACUGGCAGCGUCAGGAGCUGGAAAUUGCAAAAACUCUGAAGCCUCUGAAAGAAGAGAGGCUGAGAAAUCUCACAUGGUGCCCAGAAGCUACACAGUAUCUCCAGCUUCUUGGCUCCAGAAGUGCACAACUAAAAUAUUCAACUUCUCCCCACUCAAACGGAUAGAGCUUGUAAGAGACUUGGCUGAUGUAGCAGAACCAUCAAACAGAGUGGAUAUCUUUGAAGAUGAGCAAGAAAUAUCUUUGGCUUAUGGAAAUGACUCACUUGGCGACCAGAGGGCACAGUAUGAUGGUACUGGAGAGGCUACUGCAGCAAUGCAAGAUCUGUCAGCAGAUGGCCAAAGCGAUGUUAACAGCAUGUCAUUGCAGCCUCCUCAAGAGAUCUCGGAGUCUUCGGGUCUGAAGCGUGGACAGGGUCCCAAUAAAAGAAGAGUGAAUGUCCGCAGAACACGCGCUGUCAAAGCUGCUGCAGAAGAUGCCAAAGCAGUUAUUGGAGAGGCCUUGGAAUCAAAUUUGGUCGCCGAAGACUCUGAUAUUUUGGCAUCUGAAAGCCAUCAGGAAUCUAGCCAUGCUGAUAAGGGAACUCAAAGAAAGGGGAAAAAGAGGGGCCGAGGACAAGCUUCUCAGACCACAACAAUUGAACGUGAUGGCAAUGAGAGUGAGGGGCAUUCUGGUAGCACUGCGGCUGGAAAACGCAGGAAGCGUCAGCAGAAAGCGAGUACCGUGCAAGCUCCAGGGGAAGCUAGAUAUAAUCUCCGACGAUCAAAACUCAGGGCAGCUGUUGUAGAUGCCAAAACCUCAUCCGACCUCAAAGAUAAUAACAAGAAAGAGGAUGACGGUGUAAUUAGUUCCAACGAUGGAGAUAUGUCGAGAAGUCAUGCAGAUAUGCCAGCAGGAGGUGACGGUGAAAAUGGGACAACCAGACACUCUGCUGUGCCAGCUGAUGAAGUUGCAGAAGAACACAAUGAGAGGCAGGGCAAUCCAGAUGUAAAUGUGGCGAUGAGCGAGGAGGUAAAUGGGGUGGCGGAAAUGGAGAUGGAACAAGGGUAUGCAACUGAAUCCCGUAGAGAAAGUGAAGAUCGGGACGAGAAGGAAGACGACGGCGACGAGGAAGAAGAGUCGCUUCAUCCUGGUGAAGCCUCCAUAGGGAAGAAACUGUGGACUUUCUUGACGACGUGAUAUGGUCGUAAAGCCAAAGCAGAGCAGGUUGAAGGACGUCUUUUAUUGUUUGUCCUAGUAUAUAGUUAGGACUCCCGUUUCUUCUCUUCUUCUGGGUUUGUGGCGUGUAAGUUAAAAAGGUGUAGACAAAGUAGCGUUCAGGUAAAUCAGGGCGUAAAAAAAGGGAUAUGUGUUUUGUUUCAUCCCUGGAUAUUGAAUUUCUGAGCUGUUGUGUAUUGAAAAAUGAUGACACGGGAACAAUAGAGUCGAAUCAUCUGAUCUUUCGAUGGAUCAGAUUUAGUUCAUAGAGGUCACGUUUAUCCAAGGAUGUCUCCUAAUUGAUUCGAUUGUUGUACCAGAUUGUGGUUUUCGCUUCAACAUUCUCUUGAUCGAUUUGCUGAUCGAAUGGUGUUUCUUGCUCAUCGAUUAUGCAUAUUCGUUAC